UUUAAACUACGCUACAUAUAGAUAUAUAUAUUUGUCUAUUGUAUCGAUAUACGUUUGUGUGUACACUGAUUAAACCUCGGUCGAAGGGUUGUGUGAGUGUGUGCAAGUGCUCCCAUUGGCGGAAAAUCUGGGGACAUUUUGCCGGAAAUGCCUUAUUUUCGAAUGAGGAGUGGAGCGAGCGAGUAACUUUUUUUGGUUAGCUUGAUUUGCAAUUGGUAAGACUGUAGCAGGCCAAACACAAGCGGGACAGACGGCCGUAGUGUUUAACAGCUGAUGCGUCGAGGCCACCGGCGAAAUGUCAAAAUCAAGACAAAUUACUCUGCGAGUUCAGUCGCCUGAGGGAACAAAGAGAAUCGACAUUGGUCACAAUGACACAACAAAAAAACUUUUUGAAAAGGUUUAUGAAACUUUUGAACUGAGUAGCUUCGCUUUUGGUCUCUUCAAACAGCGAAAUCACAAGGAUGAAAUUAUCUCUUCGCGCAGCAAAACUGUCAACGAACUUGGCCUCAAACAUGGUGACAUGCUCUAUCUUACCCCCGUAAAUGGCACCAUACUACGUGAUAAACCUUCUACAAGUGCAUUCUCUGAAAAUUCAAUUUCUAAUUUAACGCCAAUGGACAUAACGCCUAGUACAAGUCGCACAAGCAUGACGGCUGGUCCACCUGGAACGAACCGUUCCGUUGCUAGCGUUGUCGAAGAUGAAGUUGAUCAAGAAUUGUGGAAGUUGGAUGGUAAAAUUCAACGAAAACGAGAUGAGAAACUAUGCAGGCACGGUGCUAAUGGCUGCUGUGUUCAUUGCUCACCACUAGAGCCCUUCGACGAAGCUUAUCUCGAAGAACAAAAAGUUAAACAUUUGUCUUUUCACUCCUAUCUCAGGAAACUCACUGCCGGCGUUGAUAGAGGAAAGUUCCUACAACUGGAAGAUAUAAGUUGUCGAAUCAAACGAGGAUGCAAAGAUCAUCCUCCGUGGCCACGCGGAAUUUGUAGCAAAUGUCAGCCAAACGCGAUCACGCUCAAUCGGCAGCCUUAUCGACACAUCGAUAACGUUGUUUUCGAAAACACCAACCUUGUUGAGAGAUUUUUGAAUUAUUGGCGUAUAACCGGACAUCAACGCGUUGGUUAUCUUUAUGGUAGAUACGAGAUUCACUCGGACGUUCCUCUAGGUAUAAAGGCUGUGGUUGCUGCAAUCUAUGAACCACCUCAGGAAAGUACGAGGGACACAAUUGUGCUUUUGCCUGACGAACGUGAUUCCCUUGUCGACGAAGUCGCACGAAUGCUCAAUUUGCAACGAGUCGGAUGGAUUUUUACCGAUCUCAUUGCUGACGAGAUGAAACGAGGAGCUGUAAAACACGUCAGAAACAUUGAAAGUCAUUUCUUAUCGGCUCAAGAAUGUAUAAUGGCUGGAAAUUUUCAAAAUCAGCAUCCAAAUCCAUGUCGUUUUUCACCGAGCGGGGCGUUCGGCUCGAAAUUCGUCACAGUCUGUGUAACUGGUGACAAAAAGAAUCAAGUACACAUGGAAUGUUAUCAGGUGUCGAAUCAGUGCAUGGCCCUCGUUCGCGAUGGAUGUCUCGUCCCUACUAAAGAUGCUCCGGAACUUGGUUACGUCAUCGAGUCAACGGACAAGCAGUACGUUCCAGACGUCUACUAUAAGGAAAAGGAUUCAUACGGCAAUGAAGUAUCGAGAUUAGGCAGACCCCUGCCAGUAGAGUACUUACUCGUGGACGUGCCAGGUUCAACUCCGCUCACUCCCCAAUUCACUUUCUACGUAAAUGAAAAUGUCACUCCAUUUCCUGUCGAAAAUAGGCUCGUCUACGGCCAAGUUCAAGAAUUCGGUUCCCUGUGCACGUACAUCCGACAAUUUAGUAUGGAUCAAUUUUUCGAAGCCGUGUCAGAUUUCCACGUAUUGCUAUUCAUCGCUACGAUGGACAUGCUGCCAAUGAAGGACCACAUGGUUCCGUUGAUGGAAGCGAUACGGAACAACGAUCGAGAAAAAGCAAACGAAUGGGCGAAAUCAGAGCACUGGGCGACGGUCGAACAACUGAUAUCGGCAACGUCGACCGCGUCUUCCUCAAGCGCAAGCCAGGGUGGACUAAUUGGUAGUGCAUCGAACGCGUCUUCUUCUUCCUCAGCGGUGGGCGGUGUGCCCGGUGUUGGAGUCGGUACGAGUGGAGACUUGCAGAAUCAACCGGCGAAUCAGUCGCUAUGGACCUGCUCUUAUUGCACUUUUCUGAAUCCAGCAGCGCUUGCGACUUGCGAAAUGUGUAGUUUGCCUAGGAUGUAGUGAAAAUGAGAGACGGCUCGCCCGCGUGUGUUUGUGUGCGUGCGAGCCUCGUGGAUAUUUUGUUUCCUACCCCGCGCCCGAGACCCGCCCAACGAAACGAGAAAAUGGCUUUGCGUACCAUGAACUUCAAUAAAACUCCACGAAAUUCUGAACCAGCAAAAACUCAAAGCGAAUACAAAAUGCCACUUCACGACGGAAGAAAAAACAAAAUAGGAGUAUUACGCAUCGAUGAAAUACUCUGUUCGACAGAGCAGGACAAAAAAGGAAACGAUAAAGUUCAAGCAUCACAAUACGUAUGUCUCUUUCCGGAUCAAUCGCUUAUAUGAACGAAUAAAAAUUCAAUAUCAUCGUGCUAAAUACGUUAAACAGCAAAAAUCCGAACCUUCAACAACGACUGAUUACAACUUUAUCCCGUGUGUCAAAUGAGAAUCGAUAAAUGAAAAAAAAAAAACAAACUAUCUGAAUCGCAUCAACAAUUUUAAUGUUAGAAUUUUUAACAAGUGAUAACUGUGAUACAGGUAAGCGUGAGCAAGGGGAAAAAUGAAAAUGAACGGAAGUAACAAUGAAGUAAUAGUGAUAAUAAUCCAAAGGGAGUUUUGGCUGGCACAAACGACUCAAAAGGGAUUCAGGCACGUUUCAAAACGAUGAACGAAGAAAAAACAUAAAAACAUUACAAAAUUGAAGAAAUAUCGUAUGAACCGGGUGUAUUGAUGGUCGUAAUACAGAAAAAUAAAGCAAAAGGGAAAACAAUCUGCUGUCGAUGCAGUCUUGUACGGCUUGAUGAUUCUUCUCAUGGCAGAAACAAAAGAUGCGGAAUAACAGAACUCAUUUGUCAAUUGAUUAUUCAAUAAAGACAGCAUCAGAAUUU